AUGACAGAUUUCACGCUAGAUGAUAAAGACAUACGCUCUUUCCAAAACUCCAUUCAGUCCGAGCUAUCUUCUCUUCUCUCCCCAGGAGCUGUGGUUGCACUACCGCCAUCCCAGGAGUUUGAGAGCGUCAAUCUACGAUUCACCGAGUACGGUCGUCCGACCUAUUUGCUUGCCGUCCGUCCCGCAUUCGAAGAUGACGUCGUCCGCACCGUUAAUUUUGCGCGAGAGAAGGGGAUCCCAUUUGCCCCGCGCUCCGGGCAUCACUGCGUCACAACGAGCAUGAGGCGACUUCGAAAUGGCAUCGUGAUCGACAUGCGCCCUCUAAAGCAUAUGACUUUCAAUGCCGAACAGCGCCUGGUCACCGUUGGCGGGGGUACGAUCAUGGAUGACUUCACACGAUACGUGCAUGGCCUCGGGAUGGAAGUGACCGUUGGCUCCUGUCCAACAACAGGCGUAAUCGGCGUCGCAUUCGGGGCCGGUCUGGGCAGACUGCAAGGGAAAUACGGCUAUCUGAAUGAUAAGCUCGUGUCUUGUAAGCUACUCCUAGGCAACGGGUCUAUCGUCACGGUUUCCGAUUCCUCAAAUUCGGAUCUCUUUUGGGGGCUUCGUGGGGCGGGACAUAACUUUGGUAUUGCGCUGGAGGCGACGUUCCACGUCUAUCCACAGACUAAUUUAGGGAUCCAUUACUCUUGGGAUCUGGAGUAUCGACUGGAACAAUGUGAGGAGGUCUUCCGAGUCUUGAACAAGGUACAUGCUGUGAUGCCGCCGGAGCUGGCGAUCUUUGUAGUGUGGAAGCGCGAGUCGGGUGGAGAGUCGCAUCUAAUCCUCGUCAACCUUGUCUACUCUGGCCCCGAACGCGACUCUAUGCCCUGGGUCGCUCACUUCUCGAACCUCAAUCCCGUCCGCUCCACCAAUGUUACCGCCACUUGGGACGAGCUGCCCUGGAUCACCUAUGGUGCCCAAAACAAGCUGCUCAGCAAACCGGAGGUCUGGAAACUGGCUCCAAACAAAAUGAUGAGUGCCGUUAGCGUGAAAUCCUUUGAUCUGGUAACGACAAAGGCCUUUUUUGAGUCCGUCAAGGAGAUGAAUGAGCGCUUUGCGGGAAAAGGCUGGUUUGGAACAAUGUUCGAGAGUCUGCCACAUCACCAGACGAGGGCUAUUGAGGAGGACGCGACGGCCUUUCCGUGGCGGCAUGGGACCAAUCAUCACUUGAUGAUCACGGCCACGCCCAAGAGUACCCAGGAUAGUGAGAUCUUCGAAGCAUGGCUAGAGAAGUGGAAGCUUGCCUUCAUAGAAACCUCGGGAUAUGGGCGGUUGCAGCAGUAUGUGAAUUAUGGAAAUACGACGAUGAAAGCGGACCCAGUGGAGGCACUCUACGGGUAUGACCCGUGGAGGCUACAGAGACUGCGGGAGUUGAAGCAGCGAUAUGAUCCUGACGGAUUGUUUUCUUGGUACCAGCCUUUUGACUGA